GACCUUCUAAAGCCCUCGAGCGUAUUUCGCUGCGGUUUUAGACUUCGCUUACCAAGAAAGCCAUUCUAAGCACAGAUGCCAUGUAAGGCAAUCAAAAAUCAAGGCAAGUAUUAACGAAUCCGUAGUUCUCGACUUGUCGGGACUUGAGUGGUGGUUUCAGUUGUAAUUUGGACGUCGCCUAACAGCUUGCUUUAAUUGAUUUGCUCAUCUUUUACAGACAGGAGUGUUUGUGCAAGUGAACAGUGUAAUUUCUGCAAUUUUCCGAGAAACUAUCUAGCAAUAAGUUGCGACUGUAAUUUCAAGUUCGCGAUCACAGAAAGCAUCAGAGACGCUGCUCUCUUCGUUUCACAAACUACACGACGUGUCGAAAAUCGUGUGUGCUUGGAACGCUUUGCGUAAACGCAGCGAAGAAUAUGAGCUGGAGACGAGAUCAGGAUCACUUAUCAAGAGUUUUGGAAGAAGAGCUCAAAUGCCCGGUGUGUCUGGAGGAAUUCGUGGAACCUAAAAGUCUGAGUUGUUCUCACACAGUCUGCAAAGAUUGCUUAAGCAGCAUUGCGCAGCAUACCGACUGGAAUGCUCGAAAUCCGCAUCAAUCCUACGUGCGUUGCCCCACCUGCCGCGUUAACACUGAAAUUGAUUUUCCGGGGGGGAUCGACAAGCUGCCAACAAAUUACAUCGUGACCACUCUGAUUUCUGGAAAAGGUAGAAUCAAAGAAGUCAAGGAGGUGGAAGAUCGUCUUAAUAAGUGCAAACAGGCUUUGCAAGUCAGACAGGAUUUGUUGACUAAGAUGAUUGACUUAUCAGAGAGUGUUGGACACCGAAGACAGCAAGUUGAAGGUGACAUUCGGCAAACUGCGGAAAGGAUAGUGCAGAUGGUAAGAGCCAGUGAGGAAGAACUCAUACAGGAAGUUAAUUUGGCUGUGGCCAGGCAGCAGCGAGGACUAAAACAGCAACGGGAAGUGAUGCAGAAUUUGAUUGCUUAUGCGAAUGACAUGAUCAAAAGUGUUGAGCAACAGAUCAAUUCACUUCCCACAAGGAAGGUUAUUGAGGAAAAACCUUCCAUUUUGUCUCAGCUAACAGACAUUGAUGCCAUAGGGUUGGCACUUGAAAUACCAGGAAUGGAUUCCAUUGCAUUUAUCCCAAACAUGAGUAUUACUGAAAGUGAAGAGUUCACAAAGCUGGGAAAACUUGUCGUUGGCAGUAACCAAGACCCCGAUGGUUCUACCACUAGCUUGACUGUAGCAGAUUACUCACAGGAUCAAAUACAAACCCAUGCUUUUGGAAUGGCUGGCAGUGAUGGAGGUGAGUUCAAUCUGCCGUGGGGUGUGGCCAUACGUGACGAUGGCUGUAUUGCUGUGGCUGAUCACGCAAACAGUCGUAUCCAGAUUUUUGAUCAUCAAGGCACCUUUCUCCAUGUUUUGACAAGUGAUGAAUUGGAGAGGAUUCGCCUUCCGACCGGGAUUGAUUUUGAUCUAGAUCAUAACCUCGUCACUUUCGAUGGUGAAAGUCGCAAGGUAAAAAUUCUUGAUUCAGCAGGCCGCCUGAUUAGGAACAUGAGCAGUUCAAUUGAACUUGGCAGCAGAGUGGAAGGUAUAUCAAUUGACAUACAGGGACGUAUAAUCAUUACAGACUCGUCAAAUGGACGUGUGCUGGUUUUCCAUCACAGUGGGCAUUUAUGCCUUGAAUUUGGUGGGAGUGGAAAAAACAAGCUAGAACGACCAUCGUCUGCAGUGUUUCAUCAGGGCCGCUUUAUUGUUUCUGACACCUUCAAUCACUGCCUUAAGGUGUAUAAUCGUCAUGGUGUCUUACUGCAACAGAUUGGAAGGCCUGGAAGAGAACCUGGACAAUUCCGACAGCCAAGAGGAUUGACGGUGGAUUUGGCAGGUAACAUACUUGUGUGUGACUCUGGAAAUCAUCGAGUUCAGAUCCUUGACUGCGAUGGAAACUUUGUAAGAAGCUUUGAUUGCUUUGGUAGUGGGGCUGACAACUUUUGUUUGCCAUAUGCCAUUGCAGUUGGAAAGCAGGGAGAAGUGGUUGUGUCUGACUGCAACAACCAUUGUAUUCAGAUUUUCAGAUUUCCACUCCUACAUGUAGAAACCAAUUCAGAGUAAAGUGACUGGCAGUGUGACUUCAUUUGAAAAACUAACUUUAAAAGGGGUUAAAAUAUAACAACAUCAAAUAGGCCAUUUUCGCAUUUUUGGUAUUGCACUGGAACUAGCUUGCAAUGGAGGCUCGUGUGGAGGAAUACCAGCAAAAAGAGAUAAAUGGUGUUUACAUUAGACACGACUCCCCGCAUUAGACUUGGUUGCAAGCUAGUUCAAGUCCAUUACCAAGAAUAUGAAUGUGGCCUAUUGUGUCAUUCAAAACAAAUGAUUCAGAUGAAUCAAGACUAUCUGGGGGCUAGUUUUCUUUAGCUUUUAAUUGAAUUAAGUUGAAAAGGCAGUUAUUUAGAUUACUGUAAUCGCAUAAUUACUUGUUAAUAUUUUACAUUAUCCAAAUGAACUAUUAAUCUGGAUAGUGUCAAAACUAAUAUUUUGAACUUGAUCUCAGCAGAAAUAAUUAAGUAAAUAAACCAAAUAGGAAUGACUGACCACGAUAUUCACAUGAGGUUAAGAAGAUCCCUCUGUGAGUUCCGCACACAUCCAAUAUUAUACUGAUGUUUUAGAGAUUAUCAAGAUCUUCAAAUACAUGUUUACAUAUCCUGCAUUACAAUCAUCAUUACCCCGUAAGCUAGGACUAUUUUACUGACCAUUUGGAAGGAAUGGUUUUCCAAAACAUCCUUUUUGACUUGCCAAUUGCAAUCAGCCUAUGACUUUGACCAUAACUGUCCAAUUACUUCUGGAUUGGCCUUAGCCAGAUUGGUGUCCAAGCAUCUGUUGUAUGCCAAAUUUUUAAAGAGAAGUGCUUUAUUUUUCACCUGUUGGUUUACAAAUUGUUCAUUUGAGCCAACCCUAUUGCACAUUUUGGACACCAACUUUUCAAAUCUUGACCAAAAGCCUGUUUCUGGAUGAAGCAAGACAUAUUUGGGUUAAGGAAGCAACAUACAGGGCUUGAAAAAAAAACUUGAAUUCCAGCUUGCCCUUGGGACAAGUAGCUCAAAAAUUUUGCUUGGCCUAGGAAAGUCUUAGUUUGUUCUUUUAAUGAUUUAGUUGGCAGAUAACUUGAUUGAUCCCUUGCCCAUCAGGCAAGUGAGAAUGUAAAUUUACUUGCUCAGAAGGAAAAUCUGCUUGUCUGGGACAAUGGGGCGGCACUUUUUUCGAGCCCUGUAACAUAGAAAAAUAUACUCUUUCUUUGGCAUCUAGUUAACUAUUAUUUCAGGGCCUGUUUCAGCCUGUUAGACUUAAUUUGAAAAUCACCUAGUAAGAAAGGGUAUGCUUUAACAGCUAUAGGUCUAUAACUUUAUAGGAACACAGGACUGACAUGAGCUCUUGACGUAAUGAUGCCCUAAGCGAAGAGAAUUUGAAAUAAUGACGUGAUUUUCCUUUCUUUUUCUUGCAUUCUCAUUUUCAUCAAGUUAUUCAAACACGUAAAGGUUUGGGACAACUUGAUUAAAAGCUGUGAAAACACUUGCCUGCUGCUCACGUUUCCACAGCAUUUAAUGUUCUCCGAUUCUUUUCCUCGUGUUUCUACAUAACUCAAUAGAAACACAGAAAAUGUUUCCUAUUUAUUGUUAAAUUUGUAAUGACAGUGGUGCUACAGUACCUUUUCCU